CGACAGUUCGUGUUCGUAAUGUUCCAGAACAAUAGAUUGCCAUAUGGUAACAAACUAAAACACAGCAGGACUUAUGGUUUUUUGCUAUUUUACAACAUGAAACCAUAGGUUACCACACAUUACCAUAUGGUAACAAACUAAAACACAGCAGCACUUAUGGUUUUUUAGCUUUUUUACAACAUGAAACCAUAACUUACCACACAUUACCAUAUGGUAACAAACUAAAACACAGCAGGACUUAUGGUUUUUUGCUAUUUUACAACAUGAAACCAUAGGUUACCACACAUUACCAUAUGGUAACAAACUAAAACACAGCAGCACUUAUGGUUUUUUAGCUUUUUUACAACAUGAAACCAUAGCUUACCACACAUUACCAUAUGGUAACAAAGUAAAACACAACAGGACUUAUGGUUUUUUGCUUUUUUACAACAUGAAACCAUAGCUUACCACACAUUACCAUAUGGUAACAAACUAAAACACAGCAGGACUUAUGGUUUUUUGCUAUUUUACAACAUGAAACCAUAGGUUACCACACAUUACCAUAUGGUAACAAACUAAAACACAGAAGAACAUAUGGUUUUUUGCUAUUUUACAACAUGAAACCAUAGGUUACCACACAUUACCAUAUGGUAACAAACUAAAACACAGAAGGAGUUACGGUUUCUUGCCUUUUUAUAACGUGCAAUCAUAGUUUACCACGCCAUACCAUGUGGUAACGAAGCAAAACACAACAGAUUCUACACCAGUUCAGCAAUGCAUGCUAACGAUUCGGUAAUGUAGCAAGUUUUACUACAAUUUUCACAUGAAGAGUGACUGAAAUACUGUUUCUAUUGUUCUAUGGAUGGAUUUCGAAGAAAGAAGUGAGGUUUUACCUUGAUAUUUUGUGCGAAAACGAUUUUUGAGACUCGUUGAAGUUGGAAACCCUUUGUUUUUCGACGAAGAAGCGAGAACAGUGUAUCGUUGAAUGAUUCUUCGAAAAGCUUUGCGAAAAUCAUUCGAUUUGAAGUUUUUUCUGGAAGUUUUUGCUGCGAUUUUGGUGAGAGAAUUGAGGAACGGGAGGAAGAAUGGAGAGAAGGCGGGACGGUUGUCGCGGUCACGUCUGCAAUUCAAAUUGUCAGAAGGAGAGAAGGCGUGAUUACCUUUUUGCCCCCGCGUGUAUUUAAUUGCCAUGAUCUGACGGCUGGGAAGAUGGCGCGAUGGACGGUCAGAUGGACGGUUACUGACCGUUACUGAUAGGUCGGUUACUGAUAAGAUCCGGACCCGGUCAGGGCAGGUCGGGUUGAUAAGAGUCCCCAUGCCCGCCCCGCUCCAAAAUAGGCCAAACAGAUCGAAUAUAACGGGUCAGGUCGAUUUUGCCAUCCCUACUCAAACCACACCUAAAAUCCUAUUAUGGCGGCCCGGCGAUCCAAGAAGUGUGUACAUAGAUUGUUCGUCAUGGGCCGUGGGCUGACUUGCAGAGGCCCGUCUAAUGGACACGUGGACGAAAUGGCAAGCCAGUCAACCAGAAGGCGCGCAAACGAGUCGCUGAAAAAAGUAACACUUGAUAGCGACGACGACGGAAGACGGAAGAGACUAGAGAUUGCAAGUGCAGUACACUUACACUGCAAGUUGAAAGAAGAGGCGGGGGGAAGAAGACUGAACGGCGAAGCGAUGCCGGCGAUGGCACGGUCACUGGCAACUAGAGCUCUCAAUGAGCCGUCGCUGUCGCUACUCAAUGUACUACGGCGGAUCGGUACUACUCGGCCGCAACCGCAACCUGUUCGCGCGUUUUCUGCUCUCAUGUCGCCACCGUCCACGGCUGUUGUUUACGAACAGCACGGCCCGCCCGAUUCCGUCGUUAGAAUGGUCGAGUUGCCGCCGGCGGAAGUGAAAGAGAACGAUGUCUGCGUUAGGAUGCUUGCUGCGCCGAUCAAUCCUUCUGAUAUUAAUCGAAUUGAAGGAGUUUAUCCUAUACGGCCGCCGGUGCCUGCAGUUGGAGGGCACGAAGGGGUUGGAGAGGUGUAUUCUGUGGGCUCGGCGGUGAAGGGCUUUUCGCCCGGUGAUCGUGUUAUCCCGUCUCCUCCCACUUCUGGGACAUGGCAGACUUAUGUUGUGAAGGAGCAGGGUGUCUGGCACAAAGUCGAUAAAGAUUGUCCGAUUGAAUAUGCUGCUACGAUCAUCGUUAAUCCGCUGACUGCUUUACUAAUGCUUGAGGACAUCAUUACCUUAAAUUCAGGGGAUUCAGUUGUCCAAAAUGGAGCUACAAGUAUAGUAGGCCAGUGCGUGGUCCAGCUUGCCCACCUUCGUGGCAUCCGUACCAUUAACAUUAUAAGGGACAGGGCUGGGUCAGAUGACGCAAAGGAAAUGUUGAAAAAGCUUGGUGCGGAUGAAGUUUUCACUGAAAGCCAGUUGAAUGUGAAAAAUGUGAAGAGUCUCCUGACUGAUUUACCGGAACCUGCUCUGGGAUUCAACUGCGUCGGUGGCAAUUCUGCUUCCUUGGUUCUCAAAUUUCUGAGGCAGGGAGGAACGAUGGUAACUUACGGGGGCAUGGCAAAAAAGCCCGUCACAGUAUCGACAUCAGCCUUCAUUUUCAAAGAACUCUCGCUGAGAGGAUUCUUUCUGCACAACUGGCUGGGCAGCGAUAAGGCGACGGAAUGCAAUAAAAUGAUCGAUUAUCUUCUAUCGUUGGCAAAGGAAGAGAAGCUGAGAUACAAGAUGGAACUGGUUCCUUUCAACAAUUUCAAUGUAGCACUGGAUAAAGCACUUGGAAAGCUUGGGAGCCAGCCAAAACAAGUCAUUACUUUCUGAAUCUGUCUUUCUUCAGGCAAACACUGAGAUUGAUCUCUGUUAAAGACAUGAUGCUGCAGUAGUGAACCGGUGAUUACUGAUUAGGUUCUGCUAAUAAAUCAAAUUUGGGCCG